UACGCUUGUAUGUGAAAAAACAAAGAUAAAAGGGAACUAUAACAAUAUUCUUAGUUUCCUGUAUGCCUUUUGUUAUGCUUCAUUAUUAAGCAACAAACAGCACCUAAAACCGCUAACAGCACAUCCAAUCCCAACUCCCCAAAAAAAAUAGGAGCUUAAAAGCAACCAUGAGGAGGAUGGAGACGGUAACGAAAACGUCCCCCAAAAAAGUGAAAUUGCGGUGUUUAAUUUGUCACAUGUUGGCAUUUUUUUUCUUGAGUUAAAUUCUAAAGGAUUGUAUCCAUGUUCAAGUGCAGAAAAAGAAAAAGGAAUUGACGUCUUGUGUUCAGGUCCUCCACGAAACGUGUAAUCAUUGCCAUUGCUAUCCGCAUUGCUUAAGCCAUUUGCAGGAACCCAUACCUCCUUGACUUGUUCCAGGUUUGCGUAACCUGCGAGCAAGCUCUCCAUUCUGCGUAAUGAGCGAAGCCCAGCCAUGAGAGAACACGCUAACCAUUGGCAAAGCCGCAAGGGGGGUACACCAAUCUCGUAUCUCCUUUCAUAGGCUACUUGCGUGUGCCAUUGCUCUAAGGGCAGUUCCGAAAGCAAGGUUCACCAAAACGGGUGCAAGGGAAGAGGAAGGUUUGGAAGCAUAAGUGAACCAAAUUCUUGUGAAUUCAGAUUCUGCACAUAUGGUUAAGGGAGAAGAAACACAUUUCUAGGUUGUUACUGGUGUUGCUAAUGCAGUAGUGACGGAAAGAAAAUGUUUCUGGCUAGGUUUGUCCAAGAUUGAAGGAGUUUUUGUACUUGAAUAUUGGAAUAUACACACUUUUCUUGUUACAUUUGCCCUGGAUGAGCCAUGAACUGCAUUGAAAACAUGCAAUGAUGUACAUUUUUUUCUUUCUCUAUUUUUUCUUCACCAAAUAGAAAGAAUUAAGUAAAGUCCCAGACUUGGUCGAUGCACUGGAGGCUCACAUACCAGGUAAUAAUCUUUUGUCAGUUAUCUUGGCUGCAUUGCAUGCCAAAAUUAUCUGACAGCUUAAGAUGGCUGUUUCUUGUUCAUCUUGUUAAUAGGGACCUUAGGCGAAACUACGACGGCGACGGCAACGGAAACGUCUAAAGCUAAAUGGGUUUUAUGAGCAAAGCAACAACUCUGCACGCUUAUCACGCUUUUUUGUACAUUUCUUUGCCGCCCCUGCACAACUAGGACGUGAAAUGACCAAAUUUUGAGUUGACUUGAGAGCGGGAACGGCAAUGCGAUAAAUUUUACUUUCUCUCUCUGAACUCGGACGCGGUCCCCUCACUUCAGUUCCAACCUAACUUUCCUUCUUUCAAGUGACUGGGUGACUUGGUAUAAGGCCGAAAAAGUUUCAAAAGACGUGAAGUCUGUUUUUCAGCGACGUUUUCAUCAGCGUCGCAGUUGUCGGAUCGUAAGGUCCCUAUUAAUGCCAAUUACGCGUCCGUAUUCGCUAUGGAACUUAAGAAAUUAGUUGGAAAUGGCGAAAUGACAGCUUCCUGUCAAACAAAUACAUCUCCAAAGCAUUGGAUCAAAAUUAACAAACAACAAAAACGAACUUUGAAAAACCUGUUAGGCUAACAAGUUUUCAAAAACCGCAAUUGCAUUUCAGUCUUCUUCAAGUCCUUCCUUUUGUAUUUGCUGUGUUGUUUAUACCUUCUUUAUUUUAUGUUUCACUCAGUUUGGUGACAGCUCGCACUACUUGCGCUAUUUGCACUACAGUCAACUCUCUCUAAGACAGACACCUUUGGGACCUGCACUAGCUGUCCGUCUUAGAGAGAUGUCCGUCUUAUAGAAAGUCAAAUAGAGGGAGCUAAGAAAGGCAGGGACAAACUCUAGGUGUCCGUUUUACAGAGGUGUCCGUCUCAUAGAAGUGUCCGUUAAGAGAGAGUCGACUGUAGUGCCAAAAAUACAGUCGACUCUCUCUUAACGGACACCUCUGUAAAACGGACACCUAGAGUUGGUCCCUGCCUUUCUUAGCUCCCUCUAUUUGACUUUCUAUAAGACGGACAUCUCUCUAAGACGGACAGCCAGUGCAGGUCCCAAAGGUGUCUGUCUUAGAGAGAGUUGACUGUAUAGGCUUAAUUUGAGCUGCAGUAGCGAAAAAGAAAGAUAAAAAAGGGAAAAAUUGCCAGUGAAUGACCUAACCAAAUGUAAUCAAUUUGACCAAUCGCAACAGAUUCAGACAAUUCAGUGAACUAAGACUUGAAGCAACUACGCCAGGCGCUAUUGUAAUUCUUAACAGAGAAAUAAAUUUCUAUAGUUACUGAAAGAUUCUACACAAGUUCACUACAUAAAUUAGGUACACAUGUACGUGUACUUCGCAUGCCAACUGUUUUAGUUCACACCAGGCUAGCUAUCUCUUGUUCAACAUAAAGAGCUUUUGCUGAUCUGUUUCUGAUUCUUAGGAGAGAAGGACGUGAUCAUUUUAGGAGAUUUUAAUCUUGGCCCUGAUGAAGAAGGUAGGAAUCAGGAGAAUUAUUUAAGCACAGGACCUUCAUGAAGAAAAAAACUGCCCUUAUGUGGGCCUUUUCGUAGUGAUAUGUAAUUGUGAAUUUGUUUUAAUUGGUUCGUUUUGCAUCCUGGCAGGUGGCAGGCGCUCAGUUAGUUUUUGCUCAUCCUCGCGUGACGAGACCCUGGAAAACUCAGCCUGUGUUACAGAGUCGGAAGAAAGAAUUCUUGCGGACCCCUCUAGUUCUAUUGCUUGUCGAAUUUCCCUUUUUCGUCAGAGGAUAGAAAUUUAAACUAGUUAAAACUAGUUUUUCUGUCGAUGAUCAGUACAAUUGGCCUCUCUGCCGGUAGUUUGUAAGCAUGAUUAAUAGACCUUUUUAGCCUGUAGGUUUUUUUUUCCCAUUGCAGACCAUGUGAUGUUUCCCUAGGGAAUUGUUUCUUUCAAAUGUUGUCCUAUGCACGUGCAUCCACGUGCACAUGCAAGCAUGACUAAUGACAGACAAAACACAAAUUCCCUUGAGAACAUCACGUGGUCUGAAUUGGGAAAGCAAAACAUACAAGCUGGAAAGGUCUAUUGCUCUUAUAAAAUAGGCAAACGUCUGGUGAAUUUGAUCAACGGUAGCUGCUUAUAAUAGAGUUAGCCGUAGGAUAUUAGCCAAUCAGAAGCGGAGAAAUAAUUUGAAUGAAUGGAAUAAAUUUCAAAUAUUACAGAGGGGUAAUGCAAGUAGCUUUACAAAAAGUUAACUGAUAUUAAAUGUCUUACUGCUUCUUUGUAGAGUUUGAUGUCAUGCGUAAGCGCAAAUUGGAAAACCUUAUUCCUGGUACCACAUUCACCAACAUCAGCUUAAAGAACAUGCAGGGAUCGAAGAAUUAUGACAACAUAUGGAUCGGCAAAAGCACCAAGUCACACCACUUUACUGGACAGGCAGGUAUGUGAAUAUACAGUGUACAUUGCACAGCGGUCCGUAAACAACAGCAUGUAACACUACUUUCUGUAUCACAGUUUCUUUCAGACUUGGAACUCCACAUUACAGCAAGGAGCCCAAAAGUGUGACCGCUUUUGAUUAAUUCACAUUCUUUCGUACAGAUUUAAUCCAAUCAGAAGCAAGCUUGAAACUGUCCUCGACUUCUGAUUGGUUAAUACCUGCAUGAAAGAAUGUGAGUUAAUUAAAGGAGGUCAUACUUUUGCCUUCCUUGCUGUAAAUAGACGCAGAAUUUCCGAGGUCCUCUAUUUUCUCUGAUAAAAAAGUCAAAAGUUCAUUUCAAACGACAGGCUUCUCUAGUUACCCAGAUCCUUCUCUCUACAACCGGGAUCUCGUUAACCGGAUAAAUUGAAAGACCUCCUGUAUGAACAGGGAGAACUGAACUAAGGCUUGCCCUGUUGUGCAGCUAUUUUAAAUGUAUCCCGAAAAUGGGAACAAUUCGGUUAUUGGGUUAACAUGAUGAUUUACCGGCUUUAGAAUUUUAGUCUUGUCAGUUUUAUUGCGUAACGUCCCUUACCUGUUGUAAGGGUGAUUAAGCAUUGCUGUUAAGUACCGUGAACUUUAAGCCUAGUCUCUUAUUUUUUUUUUCGCAAACUAAGUUAUAGGGGCGUCUUCUCUCCUGUUGUUAGUUGUACGAAUCAACACAUUCCAUCGAAUUUAUGGCGUGGUUAUAAAGCAGAAUAAAAGCCGCUUCUGCUAAGCGAAACACUCCUUUGUAGUGUUUUGUCUGGAAAAGAGUUAUUAAUUUUAUACAUCGUGUUCACUGCUAGCAGCGACGUUACCAUUCGGGGUUUGCAAUGCCAUGCACGUUGACCGUUACUUGAAGUAUGAUGCAAAGGAACCCGUUCGUCUCUCGUGCAUUCGUCUCAUUUUUUGAAAACUGUCCUACAUUUAGUUCUCAGUUAUCUGCGUAGUUUAAGCGCCAAUGUAUUUAGCACGCAAUUACCACUAGACGAUGCUGUUUGAAGUCUCCUACAGAAGGCUAGACCGCCAUUUUCGCGUGGUCUCCCGGCCUUUUCAGGGGAAGACAUCACUUUCUUACGUAGCUAUUUUAAGACCCCUAGUGUUGGUCCGGCCUCGGGGAUCGAACCCGCGCCAAAUAUUCUGCAAUCCAGCGCUCUACCGACUGAGCUUACCCGUCCACGGUUAAUCGAAAGCUACAAGAGUUGUAAAAGUAUCCCGGAGAGAGGCUCAGGGUUUUUUCCUAGCGUUAUAAUCCUGGCUACUUCUUACAAACCUUUGGAGAGAAAGACGGUGUGAAUCUUCAGAACUUCAGUUCAACCUGCGUGCUUGACUAUGCGUUACUGUGCGUUAUUUUCCCUUGUGGCGCCUUGGGAACGAAUUGUGGAAAAUCCACCCUUUGCCUGCCUGCGUGGCUGUGUGUGACUAUGACUUUUGGCUCCCAGGGAACGACUUGUGGCAAAUACACCCUGUGCUUGCGUGCGUGGUCGUGUGUGAUUGUUUGUGACUAUGCUUUUUGGCGCCCAGGGAACGACGUGUGGCAAAUACGCCUUUUGCCUUCGCGCGUGGCUGUGUGUGACUAUGCCUUUUGGUGACUAGAAACAAACUGUACGAAAUCCACCAUUUGCCUCCACCGCUGCCAUGUCGAGACAGCUUCUUAUUUAGUUACCGGAAUUUCAUUUCCUAGUGGGUGGAAAGAAUGUACAGUGAUGUAGUAAACAGCUAGUUAAUGUCACUAUCAGUAUCUUUCGUUUUUCACAAAAAAAAAUAACCUUUUUUAUGUUGCCAACGCCUCGCGCACAAACAAAAUUAUGUCUCUUCAAGUUUAGUUUCAGUUUCUAACACAUUUAAGUUAACUAUAAACUUUCAAAAUGGUAGGUGAAUUCAGUAGCCUAUCAGCUCUUCAGAACCUCUAAUUAAAUUGGACUCCUGUGAGUAGCAGCUCAUUGUUUUUCCGUCCAAUCCCGUGAGGUCUUCAGGAGCUGCAAGGUCGCCCGGUGAAUUAGCAACGCCUUAGCGUUUGCAACUCGUUUGAGGGUGGUCAGCCAUUUGCCUGACCUUUUGGUAAUAGAGAGAUUUGCUGUAUAUCCUUCUACAAAUGUUUAUGUAAUGUGUGUUAUCUGCCAAUAGGGGUAAUCAGAGACGGCCUUACACACCCUUCUAUACCUGAUGGCUGGCGCUGGAAUGGCCUCGUUUCCGAUCACUGUCCGGUUUGGGCCGAGUUUUACUGUGACCGAGAUUAUGAUCGAGCUACUGGUCAUGUGACAGUUGAUGACAUCUUUAUUGAUGGCAAACAGAGGGAGGGGUAAUGUGUUAUACGAUCGCUUGAGUCUGUUGCAUCAUCAAGCUUCUCAACUCAAAUGAUUUGUUUCAAGGAAAAAAGAGGAAAACGGACUUAACGUUUUGACUGUCUCCUCGUAAUGAAAGGGUUAUUUAUUUACCCAGAAGCUGUCGACAUUCAACGUGUGUUGGUGUGCUCCAGGUCAAAUGGUAGUUAGAGACGCUGAUUUUUGAGGAGAGGCUAAAAGCCGUUCUUCCCUGAGAACUGAACUACUGAAUGUGUGGCGGCUCUUAAAUAACUGGCCUGGACCAAGGCUCUAGAUACAAAACUCUCAUAACAUUGAAAAGUCUAUACUAUGAACAGAAAAGGAAUAAUAAUUUCCAGAGUAGGUCAAAUGCAAUUGUCAAAUUGAACAAUAUUAAUUUCUGUAAUAUAAGUCCAAUGUUAAUCCAGUCUUUCCAUAUAGUGUGUCAUGAAAAUGUAUUUCAUAUGAUGAAUUAUAACAGCAUUUUAUUUUUCUAUUUAAAUGCAGCUUGUAUACAACAUACGUAGUGGCGUCCCGCACAGUCGUUCUAAGGGCUUCCUC